GAGACAGUCGAACAGCAGACACGACAACAAAACACGUUUCCGACUCAGCAAAAGUGAAAAUUCUGUCAAAGUGUAUAAUAGUGUUAGUAUUACUAAAAGUGUAUUCUGUGACGUAUGUAAUGUACUCAGUUUUCCUCACAGACAGGAAACUGCUUACAUUAUUCUUUGAUGUUAUCCUAUUCAAGUCAGGAACGGAAUAGGUCUCGGGAAGUCGUCCGCCGGAAUCUCCGGGAUUUCGAAAUAUCCCGAUAUUCCGCCCGACGUCUCCGCGGAAGAGAUUGGUUCGCAAGAGACGGUACGCAGAAGCCAAUGUGAUUGCACUGUGGAUACGAGGGGAAUUGUGUGCGCGGCAGGUCACGUCGUGCUUCACUUAAAACAAAUAAAGGCCGCGGCAAAACCGUAGGACGGAAGCAGUAGUUAUUAGUGGCAUGUCAACUGCGAGCUACGUCGUACUUGCAGACAGGCAAUUAUGGAUCGUUGGCUUGGUAAAACCGCAGUCGUUACCGGUGCUGCAGCCGGGAUCGGCAAAGCAAUUACACGUGCUCUUCUGCGAAACGGAGUGAACGUGGUUGCUCUGGAUGUCCAGAAAGAAGGAUUGGCAAAACUCGAUGCGGAAAGUAAGUCGGAAGGUUUUCCAAGCACGUUACAUACCAUAUGCUGCGAUAUAACUCGCGAGGAUGACAUCAAUGCAGCAUUCGCGACAAUCGAGGCCUUGGGCGGUGUUGACAUCAUGGUCAACAAUGCCGGAGUCACUUCUAGUACACGCAUAAUUGAGAGCGACAGAAAGACAUUUGAGAGACUGUUAAAUAUUAAUGUACUCGCAGUCGCUGUGUUCACCAACAAGGCGGUGCGCUCGAUGCGCCACCGAAAUGUCGAAGGACAUAUUUUCAAUGUCAAUAGUAUUUUGGGUCAUCAAAGUCUGGAUUCGUCAUUUUUUUCAAAUGGUCUCCACUUUAAUUUAUAUUCCGCUUCUAAGCACGCAAGUGUUGCUUUGACCGAUACGGUGCGACGAGAGAUAUCGGUCCUCAAUCUUCCCAUUCGAAUUACCAGCGUUUGUCCUGGUGUUGUAAAACCGACGGGAAUGAUGUACGACAGUCUCGUUGGAAGUAAAUUUUUAGAAAACUGCCCGGCUAUUCAGCCAGAAGACAUAGCGGAUGCAGUUAUCUAUGCCCUCGGAAGGCGACCGCAAGUUCAGAUUACAGAGAUCAAACUUCAGCAUACCGGAGAAUUUGUAUGAGUAUGUCUAUUGAGACAGCCAUUUUAAAAUAUAAACAAAUAAAAAGGUGAAGGUUACAGAAACAGUAAGGGCAGAAUGAACGGUGCUACUCACACGCGCAAGAAAAUUUAAAGGCACCCUGAGUGAGUUACACGUUUAAAUAUUAUGUAUUUUGUUCAAUAAAAAAACUGCAUGCACAAU